GUGAUUCCGGAAAUCUUCCUGAGUUCUGUAAUUUGAAGAAUGAAAGGGAGGACAAUUCUGCCUCCAUAUUGUUUUAUUUUGAAGACUUCUGAGACUUCUGCUACCAGUUUUUCACACUCUAAACCAGAGGGUCUACCCUCAUUUACAUUCUGUCUAAGCCACAUUUUAAAAAAGCAUUACUAUUUUUAAAAGGGCACAUUUACAGAAUUUCCAUUUUCAAAUAGUUGUUAGCCAACAAGGUGCCUUAAAUUUUCCUUCUGAACUACUAUUAUAAUAUUAAAAUGUUGUCUUUUUUAAAGCACUCCCCCCUUCAUCCACUCCUCCUCCCAGUUCUUCUUAUUUGAAGAACUAUGUUUCAUUUGCUAUUUAUACCAAUAUUUGUCCCUUUGUAGUGGCUUUUGGCUAAAAUGCCUGUAUGGUAAAGGAAUCAUGCUCAGAAGCAGAGUUUUCUAGCUUCUUUUUCUAUCAUGUUAUGUAGCAUGACCUGAAGGGAAAAGGAAGAGAGUAUAUAAAAAGCAUUCUGUUUAGAGUACCAUUAAAAAUAGGGUCAAUGCCAUAAAAUUGCAAUGGAGAGAGGGGGGAGGGAUGAAGGGAGGGAAGAAAAGAGAGAGAGAAGAAAAGAGAAGAAAUAAGGCCAAAAUAAAUAAACAAGGCCUGACAUGUUUGAUUGAAUUGUCUUAUAAUAAUGACAACAAGCUAUUGUCUUUAAAAAAAACAACAGCUUUAUAUUCAGAUAAAGCCCAAUAGCUGGUACACUUUGGAUGAGAAAGGAUUUGUUGUACAAGAAACUACUGUUGAAAAUGAUUCGUGCUUGGCAAGAUAAGAGGGAGAGAAGUAAAGAAGAGGAGAGAGAAAGGUAGAGGAGGAGGGGUAGGAGGAGAUAGACAUAUGGGAGCAUGCGAGGAAAAGAAACAGAGGAGAGAAGGAGGAGGUGGGGAAGAAGGAGGAAGGGAGGGGGGAAAAGGGGGAGGAAGAGAGAGAGAAGAAAGAUCAUAUUAAUCAGCCAAAUUUAAAUUUCUUGUUAGAGAGAAACCAGAAAGUAGGAUCUCUGAGUUAGAUAGCCUAUAGAACUAUUUUGUUCCAUAUUUUGGUGUUUGGAUUACCUUAGAUGAUAAGAUCAAUUUCUUCAAGCAGUACUGCGUACUUAAAGGAAUGCAUUCUGGUGUUGGCAUUUUCUUGCUCAAAAUUACUGGGUAUCCAUUUUUGAUCUACAAUGAGUGCCAAAUCUGCAAUCAGCAAAGAAAUUUUUGCACCCCUUGAUGAGAGGAUGCUGGGAGCUGUCCAAGUCAAGAGGAGAACGAAGAAAAGGAUUCCUUUCCUAGCAACUGGGGGUCAAGGCGAAUAUCUAACUUACAUCUGCCUGUCAGUGACAAACAAAAAGCCCACACAGGCAUCUAUCACAAAGGUCAAACAAUUUGAAGGCUCCACAUCUUUUGUACGAAGGUCUCAGUGGAUGCUUGACCAGCUUCGUCAGGUUAAUGGUAUUGAUCCUAACCGGGAUUCUGCAGAAUUUGAUUUGCUAUUUGAAAAUGCUUUUGACCAGUGGGUGGCUAGCACAGCUUCGGAAAAAUGCACCUUUUUCCAGAUUCUCCAUCAUACUUGUCAGCGGUACCUCACAGACAAGAAGCCAGAAUUUAUUAAUUGUCAGUCCAAGAUUAUGGGAGGAAACAGCAUACUUCAUUCAGCAGCAGACAGUGUGACAAGUGCAGUGCAGAAGGCCAGCCAGGCCUUGAAUGAGCGUGGGGAAAGAUUAGGUCGAGCAGAAGAAAAGACAGAAGACAUGAAGAACAGUGCCCAGCAGUUUGCUGAAACUGCCCACAAGCUUGCCAUGAAGCAUAAGUGCUGAAGUACUUACUGCCUAUCCUGAUGACCCUCCCAAGAGAAAUGAAAAAGAUUGGUUCAGCAGUUUUUACAAGAAUUCCAAAAUUCCACCUGCUUCUUGUUGCCAAUUUUUUGGAAAUUGGUUUGUGUUCUGUUCAGACAUUAGUACUGGGGGGAGGGGAAAUAUGUUGUGUUUUUACAUUUCUGUAGUGACCUUAAGAAAUGCUGCACUAUCUUCAAUUUGGGGGUAGGAGAAAGAAAGAUUGUGGGGUUUUUGUUUUUUUUUUUUUUUUUUUUGUAUUUUUCCCCAAAAUGUCUUGGAUGUUUUGUUUUUAAGCAAGAAUACAAGAAAAUUGGACCAAAUAAUUUGAACAAGGUGAAAACUGGCAAAAUCUGGUUUUUUCCUUGAUAUGAAACAGGAAGACAUUUUAAUUUGGCUACAUCAAAUGUUAUUGUUUCUGUAUGAAAAUAAAAUUCAGAGUGAUUAAUUUUUUUCCUCAUUUUUGUAGCUAGUGUUAGCAGAAUCAGAAAGCUAGAAUUCUGUAUCCUGGGAUAUUAAAAGUCUCUAUUAUGGAAAACAAUAGGAUUUAUCAGGGGAAACAGCCGACUUAGAUUUUGCUCUUUGCCUAGCUACCUUCUGCAUGAGCCAUCACCAGCAUUCCAAAAAGCAAAACAAAGUUGCAGCUAAGAUUCUGCUUUCUGUGUUGCAGAUUCAAUGUUUCUGCUACUUAGUUCCAGAAUGAUUUUUUUUUUUUUUACUUUACUGUGAAAAAUAUAAAUGUGAAGUUAAAGACUUAAGGAAAAAUUUCAUUUGUAAUACAGUAGUUUCCCUGUACUAAGUACAGUAAGAGUAGUUUUAAUGACAUAUGGUUCCUUUGCCCUCCAGUAGCUGGUGGGGAAUAUUUCAUUGAGUAAGGAUGAGAACUUUCAAUGUGGGAACUCCUUCAUUAAAGUAUCUGUGACUUAGCAGAUAAGAAAUAAGAAGUUACCUGAAACAAAGGGAUUAAAUGAUUUGCUCAGAGUUUCUCAACAAAGGUCAGAAGGACGAGAUUUGAAGCUAAAUUUUUCCUUACUCCCAAGUCCAGCCUUUCAUUCACUGCUCCCUUACAAUCCAGUGGGAGAGAUUAAAACAAACAUAUCAAUUAGCACAGAAAUGGCACUGUGUGAUAAGCCAUAAGAGUGAUACAACCAAAGUACUAUUUCUGAAAUUAGAGGGAACUUCUGUUUGAGGUGACAAGAAAAGACUGUAAAAUAGAAGGUACUAGUUUGCCACCUCUUCACCUCUGAAGAAAAUCUUAGCAAUUAAGGUAAUUUCUAAAAUGUUUGUUGAUGUAAAAGGGUUUUUUUUUUUUUUUUUUUUUUUUUUUAAGCAUCCUUCUAGGUGAAAGCUUUUAGGGUACAGCAAAAUUAUUCUCAGAAAUCAGGUCUCAAGCAUUUAGUGAUGGGCCUAAUGGUGUCUGUCCCAUAUUUAAAGGGCAGCAUUUUCCUACUUAGACAGAAACUUGGGAUACAUGUGUCAACAGAGGCCUAAGUCUCCCAGUAUUCUAAGAAGUCUUCAAACAAAGGCCAGAGGUAGUUACAGUGUAGAGAGAAAAUCUUGAUAAAGUAUAGAUCUUAACUGAAUGACUUCUAAGAUUCCUCCCCAAUUCUUUCAUGCUAUGAUUCUAAGUUGCAAUAAUUUGAGAAUUAGUGAUUAUUCCUCUCUCACUUUCUCUCCAUCUCUCUGAUUCUGUCUCUCUCUUUCCUCAUUGUCCCAUACUUUUGUUUUGCUCUUCACAUACUGGCUUCAUUAGUAUAAGGAAUGUCCAGCACAAAAACUGGUACAGAUAAAAUUUGUACAAAUAAGGAGAAAAAAUUUACAUUUACACCCUUUUCUCUCUGUCCAUGAAAUGGUCUAUUUUAGAGUGAUUAUCAUAAUUUCUUUGGACAUUCUUUGUGUUCAUAUUGAUUUGAUUUUUCCUUUUUUUUUUUUUUUUUUUUUUUUUUGCUAUUUAUUUCUUGUAAUUUAAAUCAUGGGGAUUUUAACAAACCACUUUUCAUGAUCAACCUAGGCAUGAUACCUAUUCCAUCACUUGCAGAUUAGAAUGGGUUUUAUUCACAUUCUUCCUUAAAUCUAAGACUUUGAUAGUAGAGAUUUUUUUCCCACCAAGAGUUAAAAUGCUAUAUAAGGAAUGAUGCCUUCUCUUCUCCAUGAGAACAUGCUGCCCAGCAUAUCCCAGACUUAUUUGCCUUCCCAGGUUCUCAUUGAAAUGCAUUGAUAUUUAAAAUGCUUGAUUCUUCUAAACUCUAUUUCUUUCUUCUUCCCAUUGAGCACAGGGUCAGUAUAGUCCAAAAGUGUUUGAUAUAAAAUCCAAGUAAUCUUUCAUGUUUCAAAAGAAGGAACUGCAUUAUUAAUGUCCAUUUAAGCAGCUUCUGUGUCCUGAUAAAACAGUCUCAGGGACACAGAAAAUUGUAGUUAUUGGAAAACAGAUCUCUUUCACAAUGUUGGCAUGUCAGAAAGAAGUUAGAAUUUAUUUGAGAUGAAUUUUUGAAUCCUUUUAGGGAGACUAAUUAAAGAUAUAUCCUUAUAAAAGUAAGGUUAUUUUUAGCAGCAUUUUGUAUUAUUUUCCUUUGGGGACCUGGGAACCUUAAAAAAUAAAUAAACUAUUAUCUAAGAAGCAAAACUGGAGGCCAUUAAAGUUGCUAGUCAUAGAAGCCACGUAUUAUAGCAGAUAGUUGUACAAAAUAUAUUGUAUAGGAUAUGAUCAGACUUGAAAAAUAUUUUGACCUAGUAUUUUAUACUGGCUUUUCAGCUUUGUCAGGAAAAGACACAAUGGGUCUUUCUGCUCACUAAGGUUGUUUGUUUUUAAAUUGUAUACUUUCUAGGAAAAUACUUUUAAAACAAAACCAAUGAGGACAGGGAGGGGAGAGGAAGAGAGAAAUAGAGCAAUAAACAAAAAGACAAGAGACAGAAAGAGAGAGAUGGAUGCUGCCUAUGACAAUUUUUCAAUCAUUCAUUCUGCAAGAUUUAUUAAGUGCUUACUUUGUAUCAAGCACUGUCCAAGUUGCUGGAAAUAAACUCAGUAGGUUUUGGGGUCAUUAAAUAUGGACAUAGGGGAGGGAGGAUAUGCAAUUAUAUACAUGUGUGUCUGUAUACAUAUAUAUAUAUUUACAAACUGGAUUCUGAACACCUCAUAGCCACUCAGGUGGCACAUAAAAUUGAAGGGUAAAAAAGGCAAAUAUAAAGACCUACGUCAACCAAACUUUAGAGGAGUCUGUUGCCAAUUAUUUGGUGAAGCUGUCUCAGAAAGAUUCAAGUUGAUAAGGUUUUAUAUAUAUAAUACAUUAUGAGGUUUUUUUUCCCCCAGGUUGAAUAAAGAAUCUUCUUAAAUGAAAGUCUGAAAUAGCUUCCCUCCAUUUCCCUUAAUGCCUCUUGAAAGUUUUGAAUGGGAGACUCCUUGUUGAGAAUGGUCUUGUUUAAGAGAAAGCCUAACCCAACCCUUUCUGGCUUCUAACACCAAUUUGUUUAAUGACCAUGCCUAUGUCUUAAAAAUGUCAUCAUUUCUAUUAGGAUAGCGAUCUCUGUUCUAUCUCCCAGGGCUGUUAUGAAGAAUCACAUGAAGAUAUGUGAAAUAGUUUGAGCUCUUCUAGAGGUGUUUCAAUAGAAGGUAUUCAUGUAUUACUCAUGACUUAAGGCCAAGAACUUAAAGAGACUUGAAUGGUUUGGGACCAAUUCAAUUUACUGAGCUAAAGAGAUUUUUAACAUGUGUUUGUUUCAUUCCUAAUAUUCUAUACAUUUAUGGGUGUUAUAUUCCUGAUGAAACUCUUAAACUGUACCAACAAUCAAACCAUCCUAAAGAGAAAAUUGUAGUGUGAUAGCUUCUUCCUGGAAUUUAGCUAUAGCCUUUCUUACUAGUAUUAUUAGAUAUAUGUGUACAGAAAGUAUACAGCUAUUCAGGUUAAUGUUUCAUAUUAAAGAAUGUAUUUGUAAAAUGUAACAAGAUUAGUAGUCAACAUUUUUUAAGCUUUGCAAAGAAUAAAAAAAGAUUGUGUUAGAUUUUAAAACUACAGUGAAAUCUGUCUUAACGCUACUUUUGUGGCUAGCAAAGGUCACAUAUUCAUGUGAAAUUAUUAGCAGAAUGUCCUAAACAAGUAAUCUUAAAGGUAAGUUUUGCUCUAAUUUGCCAAAUUGUAAAUUGCCAAUAUCUGUUGUACAGUAAUUAAUUCCUCAAGAAAUUCUCCAGGACAUCAAACAUAAUUUUGUUUUCUUUAAAGACAAGUUCAACUUGAUAUGUGUAUUCAUUAUUGUAAACACCAAUUUUGUCAUUAAAUAUUUUAUCUCUGUGAUGCAA